UCACACAAUUAUCUUGUGUACACAAGCAUACAUAUCAGACGGAUUCGUUUCCAUGGUAAGAAUGGUCUAUAGGGGACUCGGUUGUCACCCAAUAGUGUUCCUGCAAACACGCUAACUAACCAACCUCCGGGAGGCUGGGCUUAAUGCUGUGUGUCCAAGAUGGCGGUCAUCUCCAUUGAAAGGAUGGGGCUGCUGUCUGUGGUCUGUGUGUGUCUGUUUUUCAGCAGCGCCUUUGCUGUGGAUCGGGGAAACUUCAAAACCUGCGAUCAGAGUGCCUUCUGCAAACGUCAGCGGGCGCUCAAACCGGGUCAGUCACCAUACCGUGCUCUUCUGGACACUUUGGAGCUCAGUGACUCCCGACUGACCCUCCAGCUCAUUAAUGACAACAACAAGGUGCACUUGCUAUUGGAGCUCUACAGACUGCAGGGGAAUAUGACGCGGGUGAAGAUAAAUGAGUUGAAACCUCUGAAGCCACGCUUUGAGGUGCCAGACGUGCUCAUAGCAGAGCCCCCUACUGAGCCUCUCUCAUUUUUGUCUAAGGAUGAAAAUGGCAUUGUGUUGUCUCUGGGAGCAGAGAGCCAGAGGUUGAUUGUUAGUGCCCGUCCAUUUAGGCUGGACAUCAUGGAGGGGCCAGAGGUGCUGCUAUCCCUCAACUCUCGGGGCCUGCUGGCCUUUGAGCACCUGCGACUUCGCAAAGACACGCAAGCACAACCAGAUGGUGCUGAGGUUAAAGAGAGUGCAGAUGGAGAUCAACAGCAAGUUGAAGGCGAGAAGGAUGAGGAUGGAGAGAGUGAUAAAGAGGAAGAUGGUCUAUGGGAAGAGACAUUUAAAUCUCAUACAGAUACCAAACCAAAUGGCCCCACAUCAAUAAGUUUAGACUUUUCCUUGCCGGGUGUAGAACAUGUAUACGGUAUUCCAGAGCAUGCUGACAACUUAAAACUCAAAACUACAGAUGGUGGUGAUCCAUACAGGCUGUAUAACCUAGAUGUGUUUCAGUAUGAGCUCUAUAACCCUAUGGCCUUGUAUGGAUCCGUACCUGUGAUGCUAGCCCAUAACACGCAGAGAACCAUGGGUAUUUUCUGGCUUAAUGCAGCUGAGACCUGGGUAGACAUCAGUUCUAAUACAGCAGGAAAGACUGUCUUUGGUAAGAUGCUAGACUUUGUUCAAGGUUCCAGUGAGACGCCACAGACGGAUGUCCGUUGGAUCUCUGAGAGUGGUAUUAUUGAUGUCUUCAUCAUGCUUGGUCCCAAACCAUCAGAUGUCUUCUUACAGUACGCCUCUCUCACAGGCACCCAGUCCUUCCCUCCUCUGGCCAGUCUGGGUUAUCACCAGUGCCGCUGGAAUUAUAAUGACCAGGAGGAUGUGAAGUCAGUGGACCAAGGUUUUGACCAAUAUGACAUCCCUUAUGACUUCAUAUGGCUUGACAUUGAGCAUGCCGAUGGCAAGCGCUACUUCACCUGGGAUCCCCACAAGUUUUCUCAGCCUAAAGACAUGCUUCAGGGCCUAAUGGACAAGAGACGCAAGAUGGUUGCUAUAGUAGAUCCCCACAUAAAGGUUGAUAGUGGCUACAAGAUCCACAACGAGAUUACUACUAAGGACUUCUACACUAAGAACAAAGAUGGUGGAAAUUAUGAAGGCUGGUGCUGGCCAGGAAACUCUGGUUACCCAGACUUUACAAAUCCAGAAAUGCGGGCCUGGUGGGCCAGCAUGUUCGCCUAUGAUCAGUAUGAGGGCUCAAUGGGGAACCUCUUUACUUGGAAUGACAUGAACGAGCCGUCCGUGUUCAAUGGCCCAGAGGUCACUAUGCACAAAGAUGCGGUACAUGGAAACUGGGAGCACAGAGACAUACACAAUAUCUAUGGACUUUAUGUGCAAAGGGCCACUGCUGAAGGUCAGAUUCAACGAUCUGGUGGAGUUGAAAGGCCUUUUGUGCUGACCAGAGCCUUUUUUGCCGGCUCUCAGAGAUAUGGUGCUGUCUGGACUGGCGAUAAUGCAGCUGAAUGGGACCAUCUGAAGAUUUCUAUUCCCAUGUGUCUCAGUCUUGGUCUUGUGGGCUUCUCGUUUUGUGGAGCUGAUGUAGGUGGCUUUUUUAAGAAUCCCAGCACUGAGCUUCUGGUUCGCUGGUACCAAACGGGUGCAUAUCAGCCGUUCUUCCGUGCUCACGCCCAUCUAGACACCACACGCAGGGAACCCUGGCUCUUUGGUCCAGAGAACACGGCACUUAUCCGUGAGGCAAUCCGCCAGCGUUACGCUCUUCUGCCUUACUGGUACCAGCUGUUCUACCAUGCACACAGAACCGGAAUGCCAGUCAUGAGACCUCUUUGGGUUGAUUAUCCCAAGGAAACGGCAACUUUCACCAUUGAUGACGAAUUCCUAAUUGGAAGGGAUUUGUUGGUUCACCCAGUCACAGAGGAAGGGUCUCGUGGAGUCACAGCCUAUCUUCCUGGAGCCGAAGAGGUUUGGUAUGAUGUCCAUACUUUUCAAAAACACAAUGGCGUGCAGAAUCUCUACAUCCCAGUCACUCUUAGCUCUAUCCCAGUAUUCCAGCGUGGUGGUUCUAUCAUCCCUCGGAAGGACAGAGUUCGAAGGUCAUCUGCAUGCAUGGAAAAUGACCCAUACACCUUGUAUGUGGCCCUUAGCCCUAAGAAAUUUGCUGAAGGUGAGCUCUACAUUGAUGAUGGCUAUAGUUUUAACUAUGAAACAAAGACAGAAUUAAUUCACCGGAAAAUCACCUUUGCCAAUAAUGCUCUCACCUCCAGCAACCUGUGCCCAGACUGUAAGUUCUUAACUUCAUCAUGGAUUGAAAAAAUUCUCAUUUUGGGUGCCAGCAAGCCCAAAAAGGUUCUUCUUAAAAUGGAUGGCAAAGAAACCCCUGUGGAGUUUGAGUUUGAUGCCUCCAUGUCAGUGCUAACCCUUCGUAAACCUGGGAUGAACGCCGGGAACGACUGGACCCUGCUGCUGCAGUAGCUCACCAGAUCUCUAUAGCAGCCAAGGCCAGAUGACACAAAAUCUAUAAAAAAAAAAAAUCACCCAAAAAGAGAAUUAAAAAAAAAUCACUUUUAAAUCAUAAACACAUUGAGCACUUAAAAAAAAUCAACGUGACAAUUCAGAAGCGAACAGUGGUGCAAUGGGUCGGAGAUUUUUGUACUAAAAAGAAAUGGAUCCAGCUGGUGGGGUCAGAUAGUAAAUGCUUUCCAUUUUAAAUGUGAUGUCAUUUACAAAUCAAAAGCUUUUGUUUUUAAUUUCAUGUAGUGAGAAAAGUAGUGAUAAAGUCAGAUUAACUGAAUCAUGCAGUGGAUUUAAAUCAUUUCAGGGCUGCAAAUGAGGGCGUUAAUUUUAUUUAAACUCAGUGCACAGUGAAAACCCAGUUGUUAUGGAAGUUAAUCUCCUUAACAAAUGGAUUUUUUCCUUUUCAAGGAAGAUGACACAUCAGGUUCACAAAUCAUUGCUGUUUUUUUAUUUUAUUUUAAAAACAUAAAAGCUCUAGGAAAUUGUUUAACUAUGAUCACAUUUGCACAUCAGGGGUUUUAGAGACUACUAUUAAGCUCUAUUUGCUAGUUAAUUUUGAUGGGGGCUUUGGGUUUGGAUUCAUUAAGAGGGAAAAACCCACUGAAUCUGUGAGUUUAUUUUGUGUUAUUGCUUAGUUUUUGUAGAGCACUUGAAUAUGUUGGGUUUGGGGUGGGUAGGGUGAUUUACGUUUUGAGCCAGCAAAGCAGAAUGUAACAGUCAGGCACUUAUAAUAAUUCCAGCUGUAAUGGGGAAGAUGAUUUUUGAAGUUAAUUUUAUUGUUAUCCACUAUAAAAUUGAUAACUUGUCAAUAUGACCUAAGUGUUUUAGACAGGGCCUCUAACGAAGGAGGGCAUUUUGUACGUUCCUGUUUGACCAUCCUGUGUGACUGCUCUGUGUUGCUGAUUUUCCCGUUUGUUUCAUUCCAUUUUUGAGGGUGACCCUGAAAGCUCUGAAAAUGAUAAAGACUAAAUGUAAAAUCUACAGUUUUGAUUAAUUGAUGUUUAAAUGAGAUGGUAAUAAAGAUUAACUGUACAUUCCCAA